AUGUUACAUCUUGUGAAAAUUCCAAGAAAUAUUUUUAGCAGCAAUGUUUCUUCCUUUAGCUUCCACGUAUUUUGCGAUGCUAGCGGCAUUUCAUAUGCAGCAGUUGUGUUCAUUCGAUGCCAAUCAGUCCAUGGAACCUCUGUACAAUUACUAGCUGCUAAAUCUAGAAUAGCUCCAUUAAAAUCCAUUACUAUACCGGGACUGGAAUUGCUUGCCUGUUGCAUUGGUGCAAGACUCUUAAAAUUUGUAAAAGAGAGUUUAAAUAUUGUAAAUGUGAAUACACAGUUCGGGACCGACUUUACCACAGGUCUUCAAUGGAUCAGACGAGACGAACCUUGGAGCGUUUUUGUCCGCAAUCGAGUGAAUGAAAUUCGGAAGCUGUCAAAUAUAGAUGACUGGAGACAUGUUCCGGGACCAUUAAACCCCGCUGAUUUGUCCUCUCGUGGAUGCUCCGUUUUGAAGCUUCUGAGUUCUAAAUGGUGA